AAGAGAGAGAAGAGCAAAGAGACGCAGAAGGAGCCGCGGUCGUUUGAGAUGAAGAGAGAGGGGAAGCGAGAGGGGCGUCGUCGUUGUCGUCGUAGGUGAUUGAAAGAAAAAAAGAAAAAGAACGCGCACCUUGGCCAGAGACGCGUCUCGCGGCGUGCCUUGUCGGAGCUCGAGAAUGCCAAAGCACUCGCGGGGACCAGUACAGGGCAGCGGAGUGAGCAAUUGCCGGGCAGCAGCUCGCUGCACCGUGGCAGGCCCACGCAAUGACACAGCUGCCGAGAGAGCGCGCGCACGCUGAGAGGGGAGCCGCCUGCUCCGUCGUGACAUCGGACACGCAAACGCGAUAUUUUUAUCGAUUUCCAUCUUGGCUAUGACAGCAUCCCGUCCAGAUUAGGUAAAAUGGCUGCGGAGUUGCGGGCGCUUGACAUGAUAGGGGGACGCUCCGUAGGCGAAAGACGUUCCGCGGACGAUGGCACCACCCUCCGCGGGACAAAGUAGGGCUCUCCCCCAGCGUCAACGACGAGGCCGCCGGACAGCGUGGGAAGAUUGCAAAGGGUUGACCCCGUCCCACGGCGGCGGAUUGCAAAGGUUCGACCCCGUCCCACGUCGGCGAAUGGCCCACGAUGCCGUCCUGCGGUUCCCCGAAGAGGGCUGCCGGUGGCGAAGGCGGUGUACGGUGGAACCAGAAGUGCGGCCCACGGCGAGGGUGGUCCACCGUGGGAAAGCCUUGCGAUGGGGUGUCCCACCGUGCGAGGGGCCCUCGACGGGUGUGUGGCACGGUGGCACAUCGAGACGGAGGCGCUCCACGAUGCGAGCCAUGGUGCAUAUAAGAAGGGCAUUGUCACUGUCGAGUCCCUCCUCACAAGCCACUUUCCCAACCAUGAUUAAACUGCUUCUCUGCGCCCUCAUUGCCAUCAGCGAAGCCAGCGCGCUCGGUCACAACCCCAGCUCUCCCAGGAGCCGACCUACGCAUGGCGGUCUCAAAAGACGCUCGCCUACCCGCGGUGAUUUCAUGAACAACCUUGGCAGCAACUACGGUGCUGGUGGUCACGAUCCCGGUGCUGGUCACGCUCUCGGUGCUGGCUUGAACAGCCUCGGCGGCGGCGGCGGCGGCGGCAACAGGUUCGGCAAGCCUUUCGGUUUUGGUCUCGGUGGCCCUGGUCCUGGUCUCGGCGGCCCUGGUCCUGGUUUCGGAGGAGGUGGUGUCAGCCUCGGCAACUUCGGCAAGGGUGGCUACGGCAAGGGUGGCUACGGCAAGGGUGGCUACGGCAAGGGUGGCUACGGCAAGGGUGGCUACGGCAAGGGUGACCACGGCAAGGGCUCCAACAGGGGCAGCUACGGCGGCGGCGGCCACAAGGGCGGCUAUAAGGGCGGCUCGGGAGGCGGCUCGGAGCCCUGCUCCUCGUACACGCUCAUGGACGUUCGUGGCACCUUCGAACGCCAGGGCCCUACGAUGACUUUUCGCGCGGCAAACGAGCAGAUUCUCGGCAAGGUCGGGGGCGGAAAGGUGUACGACGUCAAGUACGAUGCCGGCAUCUUCCAAGACUCGAGUGCGGGCACGCAAGAUAUCAUCAAACACAUCACCGCCGAUACCGAGUCGUGCUACGUCCUGGAGGGGUACAGCCAGGGCGCUGCCGCCGUCGUCGACGCCCUGUUAGAGCUCACUGAUGGCGCCGCAUUUGACGCCGUAAAGGCUGUCAUCCUCCACGGCGAUCCCCGGAAAACAGCGAGCUUGUCCUGCAACGCUGUCCCGGGCACGAGGGACACCGAUGGCGUAGAGAAAAGGAUGGGCCGCCCAGGAAUCCCAGAGCAGUGGGUGAAAAAGACGCUGGACAUUUGUCUCCCUGGCGACAGCAUCUGCGGCGGCGGCAUCGUGAUUGCAACUCACGUCGCCUACGGGUUCGAUUCGCAAGUACAGGAAGAUAGCGCACAGUUUGCGAUCAAGAUGCUCCAGGGAGGUGCGGGGCACGGGCAUGAGUCCACAAACGAAAACGGCCUCCAGAAUGCACUCUUUAGCGAGCACGGACUGCCUACCGAGCACGGACUGCCGACCGAGCAUGGACUGCCAAGCGCGCAUGGCGGGCCGAGAGAGCCUGAAGUACCGAGCGAAUAUGGCCCGCAGGGCGAGCACGAGAACGAGCACGAGAACGAGAGCGAGAGCGAGCUCGGUACUUAGCGGCGCUCCUUCCUUUCUAGUCUCAUCGUCCACUGCUCGUUCUCGCUCGGUACUUAGCGGCGCU